AUUAUUGUUAUUAUUAUUAUUAUUAUUAUUAUCACCAUCUGUCAGAUUUGUGUUAAAGUUAAACUGUUAAGGUUAUCACAUGGAUCGUGUCAAUUCGAUCCUAAACAUUAAAUAAUCCGGAAGUGUAGUUUUAUGUAGUCAAAUGAAAAAUGCCGUCAUCAUACAUCAGCAGAGGCAGCCUGUGAUAGACCCAGCUUGAGUGUGAGAAACUGAACCAAGGCAGAGGAAAUGACUUCUCGCUGCAACAUGUCAUUGUGGAUACACAAGCCGGUGGCAGUGUACCGUUUGUAGCAGAGCAGACACUGUAGCCUGCUAACAUUAGCAGCUAGCACACUAGUGUUGGAUUAAAGAGCAGAGCCGGAGAAUAGCAGGGGCCAGGGGUGGAGGUGCAGGCAACACUGGAGCCGCUGUGUAGCAACAUAAAGAUGUGCUGUGAAUGGGACAACGAAGGAAACACAAGGUUGGCUCCGAAUGUUAGCCAGCUAGCCAGCCAACUAGCCCGUCAGCGCUGCAGCCAGACAUGAACUGUUUUUCUUGCACGUUGCAAGUUUUACCAACUCGUUCAGAACGGAAUGUCAGAGGAUGAUGGCUGAAGGGUAAUAUCCAAGAAGUCACAUUCCCUCAACCCAUGGUGAUCCCACUUCCCCCUUUUUUACGUUCUUCUGCACUUUUGCAACUUCCCCUUGCUUAACUUUGCCUAUCUCAGCUCAUUUCCCUUUUCCAGAAGGGAUUUGAAUGGAAUGCAUGCAUUCCACAGUAGGAUCAUGUGAAUUCAUUUUAAAAUGGACAAUUCCCCUCCUGACAGCCUUCUGACCAAAAAACAGGAUGACUCUCAAAUUUGAAAAAAUGACAAUGUGAUCUUCUGGCCCAUCUGAGAUUGCCACCUCAGUCUGUAGGAGUCUGACUCUGGUUCCAUCACUUGUUCCCUACCUGCAGCCUUUUCCACAUUCCCAUCCGUUUUCUUGUGUCAUUGGGCCAUGGUUCGCAAGAAAGGUUCUCUUAUACUAUGCGGUGCUUUCCUGUUUGUUGCCUGGAAUGCUUUGCUUCUACUUUAUCUUUGGGGUCGUCCUCCCAUCGGCCGCCUCGGAGAAGGUGUUGGAGCCGAACCAGGUGGAAAGGAAGAAUGGGCCGUGGGCAGAGGCAAAGGAGGCCGGGUCAACCUGGCCGGGGAGGUGAUCCGACUGGCAGAGGAGGUCGAAAUUCAGCUAGAGACCCAGAAAAAGCUACUGAAGCAGAUUGAAAGUCACAGGGCUGUGUGGGCUCGGCAGAGAGACCUAGGGAAAAGAGAAACGGAGGAUACAAAAGAAGUCAAACAAGAGGUUGUCCACCUGCCACUGAAGCCUGUACUCCCACUAAAAGACAGUGGCGAUGAUAGGGACCAAACUCAAGUUAAAAAUACACAGAAGCCUGUUCAAACAGUAGCUACAGACUCCAAGUCAGACCAGCACCAGGCCCUUGACAUAAAGGAAGACAUUGGUGAGAGUAAUACAUUGCUGACUUCUGCUGCCAGCUCAGAAGUGGUCAUUCCCGUCCUAGUCAUUGCUUGUGACAGAGUCACGGUUAGACGGAGCCUCGACAGACUGAUACAGUACCGCCCUUCUCCAGCACUAUAUCCAAUCAUUGUCAGCCAGGACUGUGGCCACGCCGAGACAGCUAGAGUGAUUGGCUCCUAUGGAGAUCAAGUGACGCACAUUAGACAACCGGACCUGUCGGACAUCAGAGUCCGACCAGAGCACAGAAAGUUCCAGGGCUACUACAAAAUUUCCCGACAUUACCACUGGGCACUCAACCAGGUGUUCAACACCUUCUCCCAGUCCACUGUGGUCAUAGUGGAGGAUGACCUGGAGGUGGCCCCGGACUUCUUUGAGUAUUUCAGAGCCCUGUACCCGAUCUUGCGCGCUGACCCUUCCCUGUGGUGUGCUUCUGCGUGGAACGAUAACGGCAGAGACGCCUUGGUGGAUCCAUCCAAAGCCGAGCUCCUCUACAGGACAGACUUCUUCCCCGGUCUGGGAUGGAUGCUGCUGAAGGAGAUGUGGGAUGAACUGGAACCCAAAUGGCCCUCGGCCUUCUGGGAUGACUGGAUGCGCCAACCGGACCAACGCAAGGACCGCUCCUGCAUCCGGCCCGAAAUCUCCCGGACCAUAACCUUUGGCCGGAAAGGUGUCAGUUUAGGUCAAUUCUUUGACCAGUACCUUCGUUAUAUUAAGCUCAACACUGAAUUUGUGCCUUUUACCAAGCAGGAUUUGUCUUAUUUGCUAAAAGAGAAGUAUGAUGGAAAGUUUAUAAAAGAGAUUUACAGCGCCCCUCUGGUGAAGAUUGAGGAUCUGCAACAAGGGGGCAUCUUAAGAGGCCCUGGACCGUACAGGGUGCAGUACUCAAGCCGGGACAGUUUUAAAGUCUUUGCUCGAAAUCUGGGGGUGAUGGACGACUUAAAAUCUGGAGUUCCUCGUACAGGCUACAGGGGCGUAGUGAAUUUCCUGUACCGGGGUCGAAGGGUGUUCUUGGCUCCACCAGAGGGCUGGACGCAGUAUGACGUCAGCUGGAGCUGAGAUAAUUAUCCGGACUACAGUGUGAAUGGUUUUGAAGAGGGGAGAGAGCCUUACUCAGAGGAACACCCUCUCAGACCAAAGAAUAUAAGCGGACACAGUGGUUCAUGAAGGAACUAAAGCAGCACCGAUGGGCGGGAGAUCCAGUGUCGCCCUGGGCCUGUUUGUUACGGAAUGCUGAUUCAGGAACAACUGGUUCAACGGCCACACCCACUUCACAAAGUUUUAAAAGUUUUAGGGCAAGAAAAUACCACCUUUAUGACUGCUUCAAAACAACUAUUGGCAACGUGCCUUGCUUUCUGGGCCCAUUUAGUUUGGUGUGUUUUAUUCAUGUGAAUAACUUGCCAAAUGAGGACAUAACAUUGCAUUUAGAUGUUUGCAGCAGCUGUAACAGGAGUUGGGGAGCAGGAAUCAUUUGAUCUGUUUCAGUGACUGUGAUAUAAUAAUACAAUGAGGCCAAACACAGGCAGAACGAUCGUCUCUAGAACCGGGUCAUCUUUUUACAUUCAGCUAAAUCUUCAGAUUAUCUUACUUUUCAAGUCUAUAAACUAAUCAGACAGCAGCAAACUACAGACCUAAAGAAAAACAGCAAACAAAGUGAAAACAAACAUACAUAGGGAAGGAAGUGCAGAAGAAGCAGAGACAUCAACUUCCCAGAUUACAGUAGCCCUGAUCCAAGACCAGCAAACUCUACAGUCUGACCAUCAGACCAAGAAUGGUGUCAUCUAUUGAAUUGGUACAAACCAUGUAGGAUUUCUUUGUCACUCCUCUCUGGAGGAACAAGGGUAGACAGGAGACAGACGUUAUACAGCUCCUGUCUACCAGUGCCCACUCCGGUCAAUGAGCAGGGAGGACAUGACUUUACAUGGUUUGUAUUGACUGUUAGGGAAGAGAGCGUUCUUGGUCUUUUGUUAGUUCACUAGAUUUCAAAACACUGAGAAGAUGACCUUCCAUCUGCUGACUUUGUAUUUCUAUUAUACUUUGUUUGACACAUUUCAUGAGCUGCUCAUCAGUCAGCUUUAUUGACCAAGUAUGUGUACACAUACAAGGUUUUAAGUUGCUGUGAGCUUACAAUCAGUUCAAAGAUCAAUUUACAGGAAGGGGCAUUGCUUACACUAGACCAGAACCUUUGUAUUACCAUCGGGGGACGAGGGGUUUCCGGGAGCUUAGGAAAUAGUGAGAGGCAGUUGUAGUUGCCAGAAAGUAAGAACACCAAAAACCUGAGAAUGUUUUCAGGACGUAGCAGAUGUAUAAGAGUGUGAGGAUCAGUGGUGGAGUCUUUCUUGAAUUAUAGGUGCUGUUGUUCUUACAUAAGUUCAUGAACACGGCCUUGAAAGCACUACGUCACUAAGUCAAAGCAGAGCGACGAUAUCAGUGGUGAGGCCUCCACAUGGCUCACACGCAGUCGGUGGGACUUCAUUUAACACACAGGUGGACGCAGACACAGUCAGACCACCGCUGUGUUAGAAGCUAACGGAGGCCUUCACGUUGGAUCUCCUGCUCAAGCUGGUCUUGGAAGGCCUGUUGUUUUUUUUUUAAUGUUUUGGUUAUGUAAUGUAUUUAAUAUUCUGAGCUUAAACUCCAUCAAUGUGAUGGUUGAAGAGAAUUCCCUUCUACUGUCAGAGGGUUUGUAGAAGGACAUAGUUCAUAUGAAGGAUGAAACUUUAAUGGUAAGGGUAUUUUGAAAGGAUUUAACUGUCUUGAACUUGAAGUUCUAACAAGUUUGCCAAGCUGCAAAUGAGGUCUAAAGUGAUGACUGAUUGUGACUUUUUACUGAUGAUCCCACUGAAGCCCUGAUACAGGGCGAGUUGUUAUUACAUGACAUGCAAACCAUGUUUGGUCAGCUUAGGUUUGUUAAAGAACCACUGAUUGUUGGACACGUUUGGUUUCUGCAACAAGAAGGCUACAGUGGCUAGAGAGUGAUUAUCACUGUACUGUAAUUAGCUUUGGGAGAUUAUCCACAAGGUCCAUUGAUCUCAUGUCUGUAUGGUGAUAUGUAAAACCACUGCCUGAUGUGUUUAUUACUUUAAUACUAUAUAAAUAAAAUCAACUAUUUUGAUAUUUG